AUGGCGCAAUCGGACGAGGAGGAUGACUACAUGAAUAUGGUGUUUGAGGAUGCGCCAAAGGGGCCAAAGUAUGAGACUUCCCUCCAGCGCGCCGCGCGCAAGCGCAAAGAGGGCGAAGCCAAAGCGCGACAGAAGACCAAAGCCGAACGAGAAGAAGAGGCCGAAGCUGCACGAGAAGCUGCCCUCGCCACUGCUCUACCUGAGACCAACAAGGGAUUCAAGAUGAUGGCCAAAUUCGGAUUCAAGCAGGGCGAUGCUCUCGGCAAAUCUGAAGACGCGCGCAAAGAGCCUAUACGAGUCAACCCCAAAGACGACAGAGGAGGCAUUGGUCUUGAGUCGGAAAAGAAGCGCAAGUUCAGAGAACAGUUCGAGGAAGCAGAUCGACUGGCAAAGCGCGCAAAGGAAGAAGAGGGUGAUUACCUAGAGAUAAUGCGCCAAGAACAGAAAGAGAAGAAGGCCGAACGGGAUUUGGACAGCGCACAGAGGACAGCCGAGCGCUUGUCUGACAAGAAGGCCGAAGAAAAAGGCGCGCCAGACACGAGCGAGAAACCACUGAAGGACAUCAACGUCCUUUGGCGUGUUCGUGCGCGGCGCAGGGUCGAGAAGAACCGCGACAAGCAGCAACGACGAGAACUGAAUAAUAGCAUUUCGUCGCGAUUACCCACGCUAGCCCCUGAAGACGAUGACGACGAUUCGAAGAUAGCCCAAGGCCGAGAUCUUGCGCCGUUCUACACCACACUUGAGAACGAGCUCGAGGAUGAAGAUCCAGAGCUGGCAGAAUUUGAGGCCUUGCCCGUGGCAGAGCGGUUACAGAAGCUUCUGGUAUUCCUUCGCGAAGAGUACCAUUACUGUCUAUACUGUGGAUACGAAUACCCUGAUGCCGACAUGGAAGGAUGUCCCGGAGUGACUGAGGAGGAGCACGAUAGAGAGACCUAA